AUGACAACGAUUUUAGAGGAAACGCUCUGGCUUCUUUACACCUGUUAUGCUCUUGCAGCACUUGCUGGGAUUCUUGCAUUGGUACUUAUUGGGGCGCUUAUUGUCAAGCUCAUUUGCGGAGCUUCAAUUCUCUGCUGUUGCGUGAAGAAAUCUCGAAUCUAUCCCGAUGGAACUGUGAAAGAAGAAUCCUGUUGCACCACUUGCUGUUGCUGGUGCUGUCGAAAAUCGAAACCCUACUACCCUCCUCCUCCAAUUCAAUAUGUUCAUAUGGAGCAACCAGUUGCUCAUCCUCCAGUUUAUCCCCCUGCUCAAGAAAAAGCUACCGAUCUUCCACCAUCCUAUGAAGAAGUCCAAGAAGUCGAGAAAGUCAAGAAGACAGGAAAAAAGAAGAAGAACAAAAGAAGAGAAUAA